AUGGCAAGCGACGGUACUGACAAGCCUGCAGAGGAGCCCAAGCCCACGCCCGUUUUUGGCUCAGGCCUCGUCGGCACCGGCUUUGCCGGCUUCACCGGCGUCAGCAGCACCAGCAGCGCCGCGCCCGCAGCAGCCGCCGCAGACGCUGGCGAGGGUGACGACGGCGCAGACCCAGAGGAAGAGUGCCAGGCGGAAUUCAAGCCGCUUGUGCAGCUGGAGGAGGUUGAGACCAGCACCGGCGAAGAGGACGAGGAGUGCUUGAUCGACCUCAAAUGCAAGCUGUACCGCUUUGACUCCAACAGCAACGAGUGGAAGGAGCGCGGCAUUGGGCAGGCGCGCCUGCUCAAGCACAAGGCGAACCAGCGCGUGCGGUUGCUGAUGCGGCAGGAGAAGACGCUGAAGAUCCGCGCAAACCACAUCGUCAUGCCCGGCACGAAGCUGCAGGAGCACGCCGGCAGCGACAAGGCGUGGGUGUGGUCGACGGUGGACUUCAGUGAGGGGGAGCAGAAGGUCGAGCUCUUCUGCAUCCGCUUCGGCACUGCCGAGAAGGCCCAGGACUUCAAGGCGAAGUACGAGGAGGCCGAGGCUCUCAACGCGGCCGCACUGGGGGGCGCCCCCACCGCCACCGCCACCAAGGGCGACGCCGAGGCCGACGCGGAGGCCGACAAGCUGGCGGAGGAGAUUGAGGCCAAGGCUGCGGUCAAGGAGGAGGAGGCAGAGGAGGAGCCCGUCGCGGCGUGA